AUGGCGCUUCCUCGAGUGAGAGCACCAACUUAUCGGUCUCGUCGUUCGCCAACUCCUCCGGCGAUGUCCCUUCCACAUUGGAAUUGCAUCGAAGACGUCCUACUGGUAGCCUCGGUGCUAGAUAUGGAUGAUACUUCAUCUUGCAUGGAAGGCGAUCUGGACUCCUUUUCUCAUCAUGACUCAGGAGGGGAGGACAAAUCUCAACCUGACUCAAUGCUUAUGCCCCUCUAUCCACCGUCGGAAAUCAAUGGCCUAGAACCUAUUCCCUCCGUCAUUCCAGGCGCCGACGAUCAUAUGUUGGUUACCAACAAGCCCGCCACCGACCAAUUUUCUGGUCAUCGUGAUGUCGAAGCCAACGUUCCACCAGAAAUACUCGUCCAUCAGGAUGCCAUACCCUUGCCCAAUACAGCACGACACAUCCCUGGUAGUACAGGGACUUCCCUCCCGUGGGUAAACACUAUGGCUGACUUCCUCUCGCAAUUCAACCAACUGAAAGCUGAUCAUCAAUCACUUCAGGAAACCAUAAAACACCACGACGAUUCUUUCGGAAAGCUAACGAGUAAAGUUCAAAAAUUCACUGCUGACCUUCUGAUCCACGACUUUGGAUCAUCAGGCUUACACAACGGAGCUGACAAUCAAAUGUGCUCACCCUCCGACACAGGCGAGAAUGCUCCCCACGCCCAGGAUAGGCCCGUAUCCGCUCCUAGUGCCCAAGAUAGAACUACAGACUUCGAGUUGUCCAACACCCAAGGUAGUUCCAUCGUUGAAUCAAGCGGUCACUUACACCCCCCGAUCCUCAAAAUUACACAACCUACUUUCUCCAGCGCUAACAUUAGUCCCGCACAGCGUCGCAGUAAACGAGUGGAAAAUGCCAAGGACGCAAUUUAUGUAUCUAGAAAGGCGUCAGUGAUUCCUAAGAUUCUUGGUGCUGAUCUCAAACUUACGCUUCCAAUGGGCUCGUCAGGAAGGCCACUGUGA